GUUUGGGUUCUUGUUUCUUUGGUUUCAUAUUGUUUUUGUUAUUAGUGUGAUUAAUACAAUAAUUGUGACAGUGAAAAUUGUUACUUCGGAAUAAAGAAAAAUGAUUCCGCUAUUACUUCUGUUGAUACCAUAUUGUUCUGCGAUAACAUUAGAUGUAUUUAAACAAGAACCGCAUCCAUUAUCUGAUGAAUUCAUUAACUCUAUUAAUGAAGCGAAAUCCACAUGGACUGCAGGAAGAAAUUUCGCGCCUGACAUUUCGAUGGAAUACAUCACUAAAUUGAUGGGAGUACUACCUGACCAUAAGAACUAUAUGCCUCCUGUAUUGACCCAUAAACUUGAAGCUCUAGAAAUUCCAGCCGCUUUCGAUGCUCGUCAGCAAUGGCCACAUUGCCCAACAAUUCGGGAGAUAAGAGAUCAGGGAUCAUGCGGGUCAUGCUGGGCUUUUGGAGCAGUAGAAGCUAUGUCAGACAGAGUGUGCAUUCAUUCUAAAGGUGAAACUAAUUUCCAUUUCUCAUCAGAUGAUUUGGUUUCUUGCUGUUAUUCGUGUGGAAUGGGAUGUAACGGUGGAUUUCCUGGUGCAGCUUGGCAUUAUUGGGUCAGAAAAGGUCUUGUCUCUGGUGGUCAAUAUGGUACCAAACAGGGUUGCCGGCCAUACGAAAUCCCUCCUUGUGAACAUCACACAAAUGGAUCACGUCCAUCCUGCGAUGCUUCAGAAACUAACACUCCAAGGUGCGAAAAACAGUGUGAAAGUAACUACAAGAUCGAUUACAAUAACGAUUUGCACCGUGGGUCCAAAGCUUAUUCCAUAAGUAGUGACGUCAAACAAAUACAGGCUGAAAUAUUACAAAAUGGACCCGUAGAAGGAGCAUUUAGCGUUUAUGCUGAUUUCGUGAACUAUAAAACUGGGGUUUACCAACACAUACAAGGAAAAUUCUUAGGAGGUCAUGCUAUCCGUAUUUUCGGUUGGGGUGUAGAAAACAAUACCCCAUACUGGCUCAUCGCUAAUUCCUGGAAUACCGACUGGGGUGACUCUGGUACCUUCAAAAUCCUUAGAGGAAGCGACCAUUGCGGCAUUGAAAGUGGAAUAGUAGCUGGAUUGCCCUAAUAGUCUAACACUAGAUGAAUCUCAAUAAUUAAUAAUUUCUUUAAAUUGAUGUUUUGCUAUGUUUUUCUUACAUAAAUUUUUUUUGUAGUUAUUUAGAUGAAGAUACCAAAUAUUUGUGAUUGUUGAGUUACACAGUUAGUUUGUAUUGUGAUUUGAAUAAAUAAAUUAGUUUU